AAAUGCUGCUGCGCCAUUUCUUCUUUGUCUACCGAGCGGAGCGCAGUCACCGACGUGUGGAAGCACCGGCCGGAUUUACUGCUUGAAACUCGGACGCUGCUGCUUUUUAUUUUCUCCAAAAAAAAUCCUUAAAACAAAACAUUUCAGAAACGAGUUUGCUGUCCUGUUCGGUUUGCGACGAUUUUGAGUGCAAGUUGAGCCCGCCAUUGUGAAGCUAGAGAAAGAAGAAAAUCAAAAUGGAAGACACAAAGUACCUCCCGGAGCUCCUGGCUGAGAAGGACAGCUUGGAUUCGUCGUUCACACACGCCAUGAAGCUUAUUACUGCAGAGAUCGAGAGGAUCCAGAAGGGUGACUCUAAGAAAGAGCCAGAGAAGGAGACCUACCUGGACCUGUUUGCCACCAAGAACCUGAAACUCAAGGAGCGUGUACUCAUCCCAACCAAGCAGUAUCCUAGAGUCAACUUUGUAGGUAAGCUGUUGGGGCCUCAGGGCAGCACGAUCAAGAGGCUCCAGGAGGAAACCGGAGCAAAGAUCUCAGUUUUGGGAAGAGGUUCCAUGAGGGACAAGAAUAAGGAGGAAGAGCUUAGGAAGGGUGGUGAAGCAAAAUAUGCCCAUCUGUCCAUGGAGCUGCAUGUGUUCAUUGAGGUUACAGCACCAAUACCAGAAGCAUACCUGCACAUGGCUCAUGCCAUGGAUGAGGUCAAGAAGUUCCUGAUUCCUGAGCCUGGUGAGCAUGACCCCUACAUGGACCCUGAGUUCCUGAAUGGCUCCCAGGAUGGCUCUGGCAGAGGACGAGGUGGCCUAGGGCGGGGCAGAGGUGGACCACCUGGAGCAGGACCCAGGGGUCGAGGAAUGCCACGUGGCGCCCUUCGAGGAGCAAUGCGAGGUGGUGCGCCACGUGGAGGACCUGGGGGUCGAGGCACUGCACCCAGAGGGGCUCCAACUGGUCGGGGUGGACCCCCCGCUGCUACUGCUAGAGGAGGAUCUGCUGCCCGGUCCAGGCCACCUGCAUCCGGAGCUCCGAGGAUGCUUCCGUCUGCAGCCUUGUCCCACCAGCAGGUUGCGUCUGGGUCGCAGGCAAAACCAGAAGCAUAUGACGAAUAUGCUUCAUAUGACGAGACCUACGUAGAGGCUUCCUACGAAGGAUAUGAUAAUUACUACAGUCAACAGGCUGCUCCUGCAGAUACAGAGUAUUAUGAUUACGGACACGGUGAGGCCCAGGAUGCAGCAUACGAUGCUUAUGGUCAGGGGGAAUGGGACAGUUCAUGGGCCAAUUCUGGCGCCGGAGGCAAAGCCCCCCAGUCACGGCAGACGAAGGGAUCUUAUAGAGAGCAUCCAUACGGGAGAUACUGAACAACUACUGGUAGAGAGUUGCUUUGGCAGCUGUCUCCGAUUGUAACUCACUUAACUUUUCAAAAGUAAUUUCCCGUUUUAUUUGUUCCCUUUUUUAUUAGUUUUAUUUUAUUUUUUGUUGUUUUUAAAAUUUCGAGACCAUUUGUUGGAUGUAUGAGAGCACCAGAGGAAAAAACGCAAAACUUUUCUCAUUGUUAUCUGUUUCCAUUUAAUGUUUCAGUUAAGGUCGUAGUGGCAUAAACCUAAAAAGACGUGACAUUUUAUUGGUAUUUGAUGGUUAUUUUAGUUAAUGGUUUAUUGAACAAACUGUGAUUGUGGCGAUUCAAUUUUUUCCUGUAGGCUGCAUUUUCAAAAGUCCUUCAUGCCUGGACACAAAUUGCUCCCUAACUCUUCGUUGUGACUUUCUCGUGAAUAAAAUCAAAUUAGUUUAAAUUCAGCCUUGAAGUAUUUUGAUUAGUAGCAAACGUCUUAAUAUUUGUUGUAAACGUUGCAAAUUUAGUUUUCUCUGAAUAUUCUAAAAAAUUGUAGAAGUCAGUCUGACUUAAAAUAAAUUCCUAUUUUUGGCUCAAGUCACAAUUUGGUAUAUGGUCAGACGUUCUGUAACAUGCAAAAUGACCACUGAAUAAUUAUUGUAAAGCUUGACAGCUGACCAAUCUUUGCUGUGUAAAAAGAAGGCUGCAGCCAACUCAAUAUUUUGUACAUAACCUUAGGACAACUGUGUAUGCUUUGAGUCGUGCCGUCUCCAAAAUGCAUAAUGCUUGUGUACCUUUUGCCUAAAUAGGAUACUAAACACUUCCCAAAAUGUUUUUCUGCAGUGCGUGUUUCAAUAAAGUUUCUAGUUUCUUUUUAAACAAACUAAACGUGGUAUUUUGCCUUUGUUGUACCAAAGGAAUGCCUUCAGUUUGUGAAAAUGAUCAUCGGUUCCCAACCAUGCUGGUUAAGCUGUAUGUAUACACGUGAACCUGAGCUGCAAAAAUAUGGAAAGAAAAAAGGCAAUGUUUUUCAGAUGACCUUCUCCUCUUCGUCUGUUUCAAAACUAAAGGACACUUGUAAUUCCACCUUCGGACACAAAAUAAAGCUCAUCAUUCCUUAAGGUUA